UUGUCCAUUUUGCGCCGAGCCGACGAUAUCCACAGCGAUGUCCAAGCACCAGCACGACACGAAGCAGCCGCUGCUCGACGAGCAUGAGCAGCUGCCCGAGGUGUACAACUCGCUCCACUUCCGCUCGGUCCAGGACCCGUACCGCACCGUGGCCUCGGACCGCAUGAGCGUCUACUCGACGCUCCAUGCGGGCCAUGGCGUCGACACGAUGCUCGAAGGCGGCCUCGAGCGCUUCUACGAGAAGUACAAGCACCUCUCGAAGAAGGUCAACAUGCACUUGGCGACGCCCGAGGUCCGCUUCGAGAACCUCAGCUACACGGUCCAGGCGCGCGAGAUGACGCUGGCCGAGAAGCAGGGCACGGUCGGCUCGUACUUUACGCGCAUGCUCACGCCGUGGACCAAGAAGCGCUUCUACGAGCAGAAGGUGCUGCACCCGAUGAGCGGUAUCAUCAAGCCGGGCACCAUGACGCUCAUCCUGGCCAACCCGGGUUCGGGCAAGUCGACGUUCCUCAAGGCGCUCGCGGGCAAGCUCCAGAACAACAAGACGUGCGAAGUCGGCGGCGAGAUUACGUUUUCGGGCCUCAAGAGCACGGAAGUCGACCCGAUGAAGAUUGUCGGUCUCGUCGACCAGCGCGACAACCAUUGCCCGACGCUCACGGUCCGCGAAACCUUCAAGUUUGCCGACAUGUGCUUGAACGGGUCGCCCGAGUCGCAGCCUGAAGAAGUGCGCGAGGUCGCCAAGCUUCGCACGGAAAUGAUCUUGCACCUCCUCGGUCUCAGCAACUGCGCCGACACGGUCGUCGGUGAUGCACUCCUCCGUGGUUGCUCGGGUGGUGAACGCAAGCGUGUCACGGUCGGUGAGAUGCUUGUCGGUGGCCAGUCGGUCUUCCUCUGCGAUGAAAUCUCGACCGGUCUCGACUCGGCGGCUACGUACGAUAUCGUGCAGUCGCUCCGCACGUGGUCCAAGACGCUUGGCGGCUCCGUCGUCAUCGCGCUCCUCCAGCCGACGCCCGAAGUCGUCGAGCUCUUUGACGACAUCAUCAUGAUGAACGAAGGCCACUUGGUGUACCACGGCCCGCGUACCUCGAUCUUGCCGUACUUCGAGAACCUCGGCUUCUACUGCCCGCUCCGUACCGAUCCGGCCGAUUUCCUCAUCGACGUCACGUCGGGCCGCGGCAAGAAGUACCUCCUCCCGGAAGACCGCAACCGUGCGAUCCCGAUCCACGCGCACGAGUACAGCAAGGUCUUCUUCGAGUCGGAGAUGUACCAGACUUCGCUCAAGGCCAUCAACGACGGCUUCAACGUCGCGGCUAUGCAGGACCAGGCCGAUUUCGAGAAGAUGAAGUCGGUCACGGCGAUUGCCCGCACGAAGGAAAUGUCGCCCUUUGCGCUUCCGUUCGGUGCCUCGACGAUGCUCCUCCUCGGCCGUCAAAAGACGCUCUGGAUUCGCGACAAGCCGCUUCUUUGGGGCAAGCUCGCCGAAGCCAUCAUCGUCGGCCUCUGCAUGGGUGCCAUCUACUACCAGGCCGACACCAAGUACUUUUUGCGCAUGCUUUUCUUCGCGUGCGCCGUCUUCCAGCGCCAGGCGUGGCAGCAGAUCACGAUCGCGUACGCGCUCCGUGAGAUCUUUUACAAGCAGCGCGCGCGCAACUUUUACCGCACGCUCUCGUACACGAUCGCCGAGUCGGUGGUGCAAAUGCCCGUCAACUUGGCCGUCUCGCUGCUCAUGACGACGUUCUUCUACUUCAUGUCUGGGCUCUCGCCGAACGCGGGCACGUUCAUCGUCUUUGUCAUCAUCUGCGUCUGCUUCCAGCAUGCCAUUUGCGCGUACAUGACGAUGCUCAGCUCCCUUUCGCCUUCCAUCACGAUCGGCCAGACUCUGGCGGCGUUCUCGGUGUGCUUCUUCCUCCUCUUCUCGGGCAACAUCAUUUUGACCGACUUGAUCCCGUCGUACUGGACCUGGAUGUUCUGGUUCAACCCGCUCGCGUGGGGUCUCCGCGCUGUUGUCGUCAACGAGUUCCGCAACGGCGACUACCCGGAGGCUGUCCGCAAAGCGAACCUUGAGAGCGUCCAGAUGACGCAGUUUGGCACCGAGUACGUCGCGUACGGCAUCAUUGUGCUCGUUGCGUACUACUUCCUCUUCACGGGCCUCAACACGCUUGUGCUCCACUUUAUCCGCUACGAACGCCGCUUUGGUGUCUCGGGCGGCUCGAAGGUCGGCGAGGACGAGGACGACUCGGUGUACGUCGAGGUGCAGACGCCCGGUGGGACCAUGGUCAAGCAGGAUAUGGCGCCCAAGAACACGGGCCUCUCGUUCAUCCCGGCAAACUUGUGCAUCCGCAACUUGGACUACUACGUGACGCUCCCGACCAAGGUCGAGCGUCAGCUUCUGAACAACGUCUCGGCGCACUUCCAGCCCGGCACGAUGACGGCGCUCAUGGGUGCGACGGGUGCCGGCAAGACGACGCUCAUGGACGUGAUUGCCGGCCGCAAGACGGGCGGCCGCAUUGUCGGCGACAUCAUUAUCAACGGCGAGCCGAAGAACCCGGCCAACUUUUCGCGUAUCACGGCGUACUGCGAGCAGAUGGACAUUCACUCGGAGAUGGCGACGAUCGGCGAGGCGCUCUGGUUCUCGGCCAACCUCCGCCUUCCGGAAGACAUCACGUACGAGGAGAAGCGCAAGCUUGUGACGGAGACGCUCGACUUGCUCGAACUCAACGGUAUCAUCAACGAGCAGGUCGGCCACCUCUCGGUCGAGCAGAAGAAGCGUGUCACGAUCGGUGUCGAAGUCGUGGCCAACCCGAGCAUCCUCUUCUUGGACGAGCCCACGUCGGGUCUGGACGCGCGCUCGGCCACGAUUGUCAUGAAGGGUGUCCAGUCGAUUGCGCGCACGGGCCGCACGGUCCUCUGCACUAUCCACCAGCCCUCGAUCACGAUCUUCGAGCUAUUCGACUCGCUCCUCUUGCUUCAGCGUGGUGGCUUCACUGCCUACUUCGGUGAGCUUGGCCGCGACUCGCAGAAGCUGCUCGAGUACUUUGUGUCUAUCCCCGGCACGGAGGAGAUUCGCCCGCAGUACAACCCGGCGACGUACAUGCUUGAAGUCACUGGUGCCGGUAUCGGUCGCGACACGAAGGACUACUCGGUCGAGUACGCCAAGAGCGAGCUGUGUGCGCGCAACUUUGCCGAGACGCAGCGUCUCUGCCAGCCGUCGCCGGACUUUGUUGCCUUCUCGACUGUCAACUACACGCCGAUGGCGACGGGCCUCAAGAACCAGCUCAAGGAGUGCAUCUGGAAGGCGAUGCAGACGUACUGGCGCUCGCCGUCGUACAACUUUGUGCGCCUCGCGUCUUUUCCGUGGUUUGCGAUCGUGUUUGGUACGACCUUCUGGCAGCUCGACCGCAUCACGGAAGCGCAGAUCAAGUCGCACGUCGGCCUCAUCUACAACAGUAUGGACUUCAUCGGUAUCAUCCACUUGAUGACGGUGCUCGACAUUACGUGCCUCGAGCGCGCUGUCUUUUACCGCGAGCGCAUGUCCAACUACUACGGCCCGCUCCCGUACUCGCUCUCGCUCUUCUUCUCGGAGAUCCCGUACCUUAUUGUUGCCGUCUCGUGCUUCGUCGUCCUCGAGUUCUUCAUGGUCGGCUGGGAGUCGAGCUACUUCUUCUUCUUCCUCCUCACGUUCUUCCUCUACACGUCCGUGUGCACGUUCGUGGGCCAGUGGAUGUGCGCGCUCUGCCCCAACACCAAGGUCGCCAACGUGGCCGUCGGUGCCAUCUCGUGCGUCUUCAACCUCUUCUCGGGCUUCCUCCUCCCGUUCCCGGGCAUGAAGAGCUGGUACAGCUGGAUCCAGUACGUUGUUCCGUCGAGCUACUCGCUCCGCGCGCUCGCGGUCUCGCAGCUCGGCAUUUGCAACGAAGACGGCUCCGGCAACGCGUGCGACAACGUCAACGGCACGCAAACGAGCGUCGCCAAGUACGUCCAGGACAACUUCCAGUUCAACCCGGACGAGCGCUGGUACUAUGUUCUCGUCCUCGCGGGCAUGUGGGUCAUCCUCCAAGUGUGCAUCUACCUCACGUUCAAGUACGUCAGCCACCUCAAGAGAUAGACACAGACUAUCUUUUUCGUGUAACUACAUCGAUUUUGCAUUUCAAA